AAGGUUACAUACAGAGCGGGAGUGGUGAGCACUUCCUUUUCCUGCAGGAGCCGCCGGGUUGAGAGGAGCGUGGCCUUCUCCUCUCCCCGCCAUGGCUUGUGCUCGUCCACUGAUAUCGGUGUACUCCGAAAAGGGGGAGUCAUCUGGCAAAAAUGUCACUUUGCCUGCUGUCUUCAAAGCUCCCAUUCGACCAGAUAUUGUGAACUUCGUUCACACCAACUUGCGCAAAAACAACAGACAGCCCUAUGCUGUCAGUGAAUUAGCAGGUCAUCAGACCAGUGCUGAGUCUUGGGGUACUGGCAGAGCUGUGGCUAGAAUUCCCAGAGUUCGAGGUGGUGGGACUCACCGUUCUGGCCAGGGUGCUUUUGGAAAUAUGUGUCGUGGGGGCCGCAUGUUUGCACCAACCAAGACCUGGCGUCGCUGGCACCGUAGAGUGAACACAACCCAAAAGCGAUAUGCCAUUUGCUCUGCCCUGGCUGCUUCGGCCUUACCAGCACUGGUCAUGUCUAAAGGUCAUCGUAUUGAGGAAGUUCCUGAACUUCCUUUGGUGGUUGAAGAUAAAGUUGAAGGCUACAAGAAGACCAAAGAGGCUGUUUUACUUCUUAAGAAACUUAAGGCCUGGAAUGAUAUCAAAAAGGUCUAUGCCUCUCAGCGAAUGAGGGCUGGCAAGGGCAAAAUGAGAAACCGUCGUCGCAUCCAGCGCAGGGGACCCUGCAUCAUCUAUAAUGAGGACAAUGGUAUCAUCAAGGCUUUCAGGAACAUCCCUGGAAUUACUCUGCUUAAUGUAAGCAAGCUGAACAUUCUGAAACUUGCUCCUGGUGGGCAUGUGGGACGUUUCUGCAUUUGGACUGAAAGUGCUUUCCGGAAGUUAGAUGAAUUAUAUGGCACUUGGCGAAAAGCUGCUUCCCUCAAGAGUAACUACAACCUUCCCAUGCACAAGAUGAUCAACACAGACCUCAGCAGAAUCUUGAAAAGCCCAGAGAUCCAAAGAGCUCUUCGAGCACCACGCAAGAAGAUUCAUCGCAGAGUCCUGAAGAAGAAUCCACUGAAAAAUCUGAGAAUCAUGUUGAAGCUAAACCCAUAUGCAAAGACCAUGCGCCGGAAUACCAUUCUUCGCCAGGCCAGGAAUCACAAACUUCGGGUGAAUAAGGCAGCUGCAGCAUUACGGGCUAAAUCAGAUGAGAAGGGGGUUGCAGGCAAAAAGCCUGUAGUGAAGAAAGGAAAAAAGCCUGUUGGUGUUAAGAAGCAGAAAAAGCCUUUGGUGGGAAAAAAGGCUGCCUCUACCAAGAAACCAGUAGCUGAAAAGAAACCGGCAGCUGAAAAGAAACCAGCAGCAGAAAAGAAACCUGCCACAGAAGAAAAGAAGCCUACUGCAUAAACUCUUAAAUUUGUUUAUUCCAUAAAGGUCAAAUCAUUUUGGACAGCUUAUUUUGAAUAAAGACGUUAUCAAAGAGGCAGUGAGAAA